AUGAUGGCGUGCAGAUCUCGGUUGGUUUUGGCAGUAGUCGCUGCCGCGAUUGCCCCCCUGCUGGUGACCGCGACGGGCGUCCACCUCGAACCGGAGGAAGGUAUCGACUGGAAAAACGCCCCACGGGUUGACCUGGUAACUCGAACGUUUGCUGGUGGCGUAAAAGCUUUUUGGGACAUUUUUCUCCCAAGCUUCCUGGUGAGUCGCGGAGGCAAUGCGUGGCAGGUGGAUUCAAACGUUGUUCCUUCUCAGUUGUUUUGGCCGAUUUCAUCAUGGACAUCCAGCGGUGUAGUGGUCAUCUUGGACGGGGAAAACGCUUUAGAUCAUGAAGCUGGGACCAUCCUUCAGCACAUGAACUUCCCCUUCGUCUUUCAAGUAAAGUACGAGGCACCCGCCCCGAACGGCACGUUGUGCGGCGACUGGAGGAAAGAAGGGUAUGCGAGGCAGCAGUAUUCGAAUUUUUAUGGAAAUUUGUACACGGACGCCGAAUAUGUGGCCAUCAUCGACACGGACACCAAAAUCAUCGCUCCUGGUGAGGGGAAAGUGUUGGUUAUUUCGUUAUUAGGUGCAACACUAGCCCUGCUAUCUUCCAACCCAAGUUUCUGGAUUAUUGUCGAGUUCACGCUCUAUAACUUUUCGGGGGUGGGUUAG